AUGUUUCCCCUGUUCCUGUUCGUCAUUCCAUCAAUCCUAGGAUCAGAGGAAUCUGAUGCAGAUUCUUUGAAACGAGCAGUUCUAGGAUUACCAUUCAAUGAAUCAACUCUAAUUUCAGUUAUUUAUGAGAAAACCUACCCAGAAAGACAGAAAAUGGUGGAAACUUUUCGAAAUAAAUAUGGUGAAGAGAUAUAUAAAGAAUUAUGGAAUAAAUUAUAUUAUGCUCCACGGGAACUUACAGCCGGGAUAAAAUUUAAUACCACAGCAUUUUACGACGCGAAACUGUUAAGUUUCGCGCUAACCGGUAUUCAUUUUGAUGAAGAUGUUUUGAUUGAAAUAAUGGUGACAAGAACAACUCAAGAGAUGAGAGAAAUCAAAAAAGCUUAUCGGAAAUUAGAAAAAUCUGAUUUAUGUGAAGAUAUUGAAUCGGAUGUAAUGGGCGAUUUGGAAGGAGUUCUUUUAGCACUUUGUGCAGCUGAUAAAGAUGAACCUAACGUUAUUGUUGAUCAAAAUAUAGCAAAACAAGAUAUUGAGACACUUUACUAUUAUGGUCCGGAUAGUCAUUUUCGAACUGAUGAAGAUGUAUACAAUCAAAUAUUGUUUAAACGAAACGAUAAACAACUUCGACGAAUGUUUGCGAUGUUUACCGAUUAUCAAUAUUAUACUAAGCUCUUAAAAAUUCCGAUAAGAAAACGAACAUUUGAGGAUUUGAUUGAACAAGAAUAUUCGUUUGCCACAGAACGUGCACUUCAACGAUACAUUAAAACUGUCAAAAAUCGCGCGGGGUAUUUUGCAAGCAUGAUUAGCGAUAGUUUAAAAGGUAUUUUGAGAGGUUCAUCGCCGCAAAUAUUCACAUUUUUCAGAUAAAUAUGACGGGGAACGUCGCUUGAUUCGAAUUAUUUUUGGACGCGCUGGUGUCGAUUUACCGGACAUUGUUGGAGUUUUUGGUGGAAAGAAGAAACUGAUCAGGGAAAUUAGGAAAACUUCGUUUCUAUCUGGGUUUACUAAACAAGCUUUGAUAGCUAUUCUGAAAACGAAUUGUUAA